UAAAGACUAAGAACGACAACUCGGAAAAUGUGCGAAGUCUCCGUAAUUCGGUGAAAAAAAUACCAUAUAUUUAUAUUCAAGAAUGGCCUGUGAACAAAGCGGGGACUAUGGACAGCAUAUAACAGUCAGAGAGGAGCAGGCACUUACAACUAACAGUGGUGACUCAUCCUUUGUUGUGAGGCUGUAUGAUCUACCAUGGGAAGACAUAGUGUUUCAAUACAUAUUCCCCCUCCUUCCCAUUCAGACUCUCUUUCAACUUCGAAGAGUUUCCAGAGAGUGCAAACAUAUGGUUCAACACUAUUUCAGUAUCUCUAGAGUGUUAAAUAUUGCUCGUAUUGGGGGAAAGGUGACAGCUGAAGCGUUUCACAUACUAACUGAUGAAAGUUCAAACUUACUUCACUUAAAUCUUAGAAACGCUAAAGAUUGGUUAAAUGACACUUUAUUAAUGCCAGUUUUGAAAAGUAAUGCAAGAAUACAGACCUUGGAUUUAACCAAUUGUAUUAGUUUAAGUAACACAAGUCUUCAAGUACUAGCAACCCAUUGUGUAGAGUUGAAGUGUUUGACGUUGCGUGACUGUGUAUGGUUGAGCCCAGAAGGUGUGACAGUGAUCGGCUUGUACUGCAAGGAACUGGAGAAGAUUGAUAUCUCUGGCUGCUGGAACGUCAACGAUGAGGCUCUGACAGUGCUUGUCAAGGGAUGCUCUAAACUAACAUUUAUUCAAAUGUCGAAGAUAUAUGGGAUCACAGACAGUUCGAUGUCGGUGCUGUGUCGGUCAUGUCCAAACCUUGUCCAUCUGAAUGUCCAGGGCUGCUGGAGAAUCACUGAUGACAGUAUAAGGUUUCUGACAGAGUACGGUAAGAAUAUGCAGAUGUUGCAGAUCCGUGAAUGCAACCAAGUGACAGAGACAGUUUUAUCUAAACUACGCAGUAACGGGGUAAAGAUGGAUCGUCUUGCCCCACCUAGCAUGGAAGGACGUAUGGAUAAACUUCUUUCAAGGUUCAGACAUAAACUCCAUGUGCAGACUUAGAGCACAGCAAUUACACACCAUAGUGACAAUGUUUUGAAUAUGUUAAUCAGGUAUUGUUUUCUAAUCAUAUCAAUGUCGAACUCUGUACAUAUAAGGAAUGUCAAAAUAGUGAAUGGCAACAUAGUGUUUUGCGAUAUGGUUUGUCUGGUUCUGGAUUGAACUAAAUAGAAUAAAAGGGUCGUUAUUACAGCCAUUGGCAUUCUUAGAUUUUAUACAUGAUGAUGGUUUGGUGAGCAACACCUACCGGGUACUUUAAAACCCCUCAGAAUAUGAAGAUUUAAACCUUGUACAGACAUUUUCACCCUGCGCUACUAUAUAACCUUAAAACUUUCCAAAAAUGAAUGAUGUAUUUAAAAUUUAACUACAAGAGACAAUAUUGGUUAAAAAAACCCAUACAGUAUAACUUGCUUUCUGAGUAAUAUCUCAUUAUUUGUAGUGCUCCAAUGGCCCUGUGUAACCUUUAGCAUGCUGCUGCCCCUAUACACUGUACUACCUAGUGCCAUUGCAUACACUUUCUCUGACAGGCUGCAACUUGGUUAUUUCUGAGAAUAUGCUUAGAAAUGGCAACUGGUCCAAUACAGUUUUAUAAUUCAAUUUUACAAAAGAAUAAAAAGUAUGAACCUUUAUUUAACUAAUACUUAUAUGUUUUAAAAACUUCAAUUUACAAUAUUUAGCACAAAAUAUGCCAAAAUUUACAAAUUUUGUUACUUUUCCAGAACAGAGAACAGUUUAUGUGUCAUAUAAUUACAAUUACUCACACAUAUUGGAUACAUUUUGAUAAUCUUUUUGUUAAUGUACAAAUCUUUCAGUAAAAAACACAAUGUUUGUUUUCUAUGCAAAUUUCAAUUCCAGUUUUCUGUUAGUUUUAUUGGUGAAUUGCAGGUGAACAGUCAACCUUGUAGUUCACCAAUGUGUGAAACUGUUCGAAACACGGAACUGGACACAUAGGCCUGUCACAUUUCCUGCAUAUGUAUAUUGUCUGAUGUCUCCUUUUAUCUCUGUUGGAGCAAACACAGCAGUCUGGGUUGGAUCUUUUGUUGUUUGCCUUCCUUUUUGGGUUGAGUGCAAGGAAAUGUUCACCACCGAAGAGUCGACACGGUGCUUCAUUUACAGGUCUCCCUCCGUUUGCGUUAUUUCUCACAUAUCCUUGCAGGUAUCCAUGAACAAUUUUCAAACGAAACUUUUCUGCAUUUAUUCCUCCAGAUAAUCAACGAAUUACAAAAGCACACUUCAAGCAGGUAAAAGAAGACCUUCUUCCACCAUUUCACACAACGGUGUAAAAUCAUGUUAAAAGUCAUUGCUUUAUUUGCACAAUCGAUCCCUCCCAUGUGCUGGGUGUACGCUUGUAUUGCAACUGGCUUUGAAAUGACCCUUACAUUGUUAGGAGUGUGUUUGGACCUCACCUCCUUCCUGAAGGUAUUUGAGUUGUGCUCAGAUGUUAUGACACUGACCACUCUUUUGUCAUACCACACGAUAAAUAGAAUGUUAUUGUCACGUUCUGUAACUAAGGGAUCUCCUUCCUUCAGUUUAGCUUGUUCUAUAGCAUUUGGUACACCCUGACGAUUUGUUCUCAAUGUUCCACAGGCCCCUGUCUGGUUUCGUGCCAGUUCAUGAAACAAUGCCAGAGCAGAAAACAAGUUGUCCAUGUACACUACAUGACCCAAAUUGUAUAAUGGCUCGCACAAACCUAUGACCACUCGAUAAGUUAUUGGAAGGGCUCUUGGCGAACCCGUUUCCUUCCCGAGAUACAACUUCCAAUUAUACAUAUACUCUGUUUUUGCCUCUGCCAUGCCCCAUGCCUUUUGUCCCCAUUUAGUCGGCUUUGGCGGCAUAUACUGCAUUAGACUAGUACAACCUUUGAAGGGAAUCAUACUUUGUCGAUUGACAACUCUUUGUCCGGUCUAUAAUACCUUUGCCAGAAAGGCACCAAGGCAUUUAUCAACAGCCUGUUUAUUAACGCCUUGUCAUAGUUUGGAUGGUCUCGAGGCAAGGCUUCUUCAAUGUUCACCCAAUGGAAGAAUGAUAAAAUGUUCAUAAAACGAUCACGUGCCAUUAUUCCAUGAAAUCCUUUCAUGUCUAAGAGUGGGUCCGAGGACCAGUAUAGUUCUUAACUCGACCUUUUACUAAUACCAGUUAGCAUGAAAAUAGCUAGAAAAGCAUACUUUUCAGGCUCUGUUUCCUCUUUCCAUUUGAGGAACCUACUGAAAGGAGGUCAGUUUUGGGGUGUAGUUAGAUACUGCCUCGCGUACCGAUUUGUUUCUGUUACAAACAGUUCAAUUAUCUUUCGAGGAAAAAACAGUUUCAUUAUAUCGCAUUCUGAUGGAUCAUCAGGAAUGUGGUUUGGCCCAACAUUAGACCGUUCAAAAUCCAUCAGCCAAGGAUGCUCGUACUCAUUCACAGGAUUUCUAGGUGGGGGCUCGUUUGGUUCAUCACGAGGCAAGACAUUUCAAAGCUGUCCUGAUUAAGUGUUAAAAUCGGUCCAUAUUUUUACAUGGCUUCGAUCAUUACAUGAUGUAUACGUUUGUUGUAUAUUGAUUACCAAACUGUUAAAUUAAAAUUGUAUUGCUGGUUAAAAACGGUUUUAAAGAUAAAUGUAAAUGUGUCCUUAGAAUACAACCUUCAUUUUAAGCCAAUGAAAUUGCAGAUAAGCCAUCAUUAAAUACUUUACUUAGUCAUUAAGAAUUUAACCUUUUAGUGGUGUUUAAAGGUCUGCCUACUGCCACUCAACCGAUACAUGCCCCCUUCGUCAGAUUUUGCGUUGUCAAUGUAUCAGCCAAUGAGGUUGUAUUCUAAGUCAGUUAGAUAAC